CAACCUCGCACGAAGAGCGGAGGCCAAACGGAGGGGAGGCCGAGUGACCGCGAAUCACUCUAGCAAGUUAACAUCAACCUCCCUCAAACCUCCACGGUGCUUUGGGUGUCUCUUCUGUGCGUGACCGCUAAGUGCAAAAAGCUUAACACCAAUUAGCAAAAGUAUUCGUCACCGUUGGAAGACUGCCUUGUCGGUAUGAGUGUGAGCACGGACGCUCACGCCACCUCGCCCACCUAUCGCAUCUGCUCCCUCUGUCAGAAAAUGAUCUUCGAAAAGGAGAGGAGUAGAAGCAUGCAGACGCCCUACUCCCCCGGGCCCAGCUCCUUCAUACCAGAGGAGGAGAUCGUGGAGGCGUGGUCGCUGGAGUCGUGGUCCGUGGACCCCCAGACGGAACUGCUGCUGGCCGAGCUGUGCUCCCCCGCGGGCCGCCUGGACCACCUGACGCAGGUGAUGGGGCUCCACCCACACUACCUGCAGGCCUUCCUCCGGUGCCAGUUCUACCUGCUGAGGAGAGACGGCCCGCUGCCCCUGCACUACAGACACUACAUCGCCAUCAUGGCAGCAGCGCGACAUCAGUGUUGGUUCCUGGUGCUGCUGCACGUGCAGGAGUUCUACCGGAUAGGAGUCUGUCUGGAGUGGCUGAAAGGCCUGCAAUACGCCAACGAGAAACUAAGAAAUCUCAACAAUCUCAACAAAAUACUGGCACACAGACCCUGGCUCAUCACCAAGGAACACAUAGAGGGCCUGCUGAAGACGGGAGAGAACAGCUGGUCUCUAGCUGAGCUUGUCCACGCCGUGGUGUUGAUGGCACACUUCCAUGCACUGGUCAGUUUCAUCUUUGGCAGUGGCAUCAACCCCGACUCCCCUGCUCCAAUCAGCACGCACUGCACCUGUGAGCCUACCAGCCCCAGCCAAUCAGAACAGGACGCUCUCCUCAGCAAGAGUCCAGAGAGCGAGCUGGAGUCUCUGUUGGAGAGGAUGAGGAGGCUACGAGAGGAGCGGGAAGAGGAGGAGGCCACGGAGGAGGAGAUGGUCAUCCGCUUCGAGAAGGAGAAGAAGGAGAGCCUGCUAGUCAGCUCUGCAGACUUCGACGACCAAAGGAUUUCCCCAUCCCGAGUUUCACGCUUUGUUGAAGACGCUGCCUUUGGCUAUGAAGAUUUUGCCCGGCGAGGAGAGGACAGCCCUCCAACAUUUCGAGCACAGGACUACUCCUGGGAGGAUCAUGGCUUCUCGCUGGUGAACCGACUCUACUCGGACAUCGGUCUGCUCCUGGAUGAGAAGUUCAGGACGGCGUGUGACCUGACCUACUACAACAUGGCCAGCCGCGAGGGGGUGGACACCAGCAUGCUGCGCAGGGCCCUCUUCAACUAUGUGCACUGCAUGUAUGGCAUCAGGUAUGAUGACUAUGAUUAUGGAGAGGUAAACCAGCUGCUGGAGAGGAACCUGAAAGUUUACAUUAAGACUGUGACCUGCUACCCAGAGAGGACCACACGCCGCAUGUAUGACAGCUACUGGCACCAGUUCCGGCACUCAGAAAAGGUUCACGUGAAUCUUCUGCUGAUGGAGGCUCGUAUGCAGGCCGAGCUGCUGUACGCACUUCGGGCUAUCACACAAUAUAUGACCUGACCAGAUGUGGGCGCCACUGAGUCACUCCUGCCUAUCACUUCCGAACGAUAGGUGCCUGCUGACACCCACAUCACCACCUUGCCUAACACACACCUUUUUUAACCCCCCCUCCUCUCUUUUUAUACUUUUCUACUGUGAAUCCAAAUGGAGAAUGGAGCCUGGAAAGAGAGUUGUAGUGGGAAAUGUUUUAGACCACAUUCCCUUGCUGUACAUUUUUUUUGUGCUUUGUCAUGUUUUUCCCGUUAAAAAUGGAAUCAUGAAGGCCUUCAUUGCGAGGCAACACAAUGAGAGGAAACCCAAUCGUUAAGCAAAACCAAAACACACACACACACACACACACACACACACACACACACACACACACACACACACACACACACACACACACACACACACACACACACACACACACACACACACACAGACAAAUAAGGAUUGUGUAGAACGCAAAAAAUAAGCCUUAACUGUUAUUUUGAAGCACACGUGUCUUAUGGCCAAAAUUUGAGUUAUGGGUUCACCCCAUGUACUAUUAUCAGUAUUAUUUGACAAUUUUAAGUAAAGGCAAACGAAAAAAGCUGUAUAUUUUUUUACUCUAAAAAAGUGUACUGAAUCUAAGUGCAAUAUUCCUCCACAGCAUUACCAAUUUCAUUUUGCCUUAUGAAGGACGUUUGUUUGUUUGUUUGUUAUCAUCCAAUUAUACAGUACUGCACAGUUUGCUGUAAGUACAAUACCAAAAAAGAUUGUAAUGUUUGAAAACCUAGAGAAGGCAGCUAAGCACCCGCUUUUACCUUCUUGACUGACUAUGUCUAUGUAUGUGGACAAGCCUUCUGCAUGCGUGCAUGCUUUACAGCCAUAUGGCUUGCUGUCCAAACAGGGUUGUAUCUGCAAGGGGGCUUUCUGAAAAGCAGAUUUUAGCCCUUACCAUGGUAUGUUACCUCGGAGCAAGUGCCUGACCUUCUAAUACCAGUUUUGUGUGGCAUGAUUUUCUUUAAUAAACAAGGAAGCCACAACAGACCUUUCUAGUAGACAUCCAGUGCUUACUUUUGAGCCCUAAUUCACACAUCAUUAUUAUAAUCAUUACUAUUAUCAUAAAGCCAUUCUAUAGUGCAAUAAUAUAUAUAAUUUUGCGGCAUUUUAAUACCUCCACUAUUGAUCUGUUGUACCAUCUUUUAAAAUUUUGAAAGUUCAGCAUGUCCGAGUCAAUAUUGAUAGUUUUGCAAUGUCAAUUGUAGGCCAGUGGUCCUCUGUUUCACACUGGUAGGAUUUUAACUGAAAAUAUUCAUUAGCCAGGUUGCCAUCUCUGAUUGCCCGCUUUCCACUUGUGUUACUCACUUGUGGUUUGCAUAGUGUAAUCCACUAAAUUGUCUCUGCAUUCUAAACAAAGAUUGGUGUAAACAACAUGCGCUCCAUAAAAGCACAGGUCUUGCCUGAGUUGGCUACCUGGUUUGGUCGCUACCAACACACGUAUUUGGUGAAAAUGUGUUAUUUAGAGCAUGACAGUGGAAUGAAGGGGGGUCUUGAAUGGAAGGAAAAACUACGCUGUGAGCCUUAAAGGAACAACCCACCAGUUUUGGAAACAUGCUCAUUUUACACCUUCCAUUGAUUUAUUUUUGAACGAUUGUGCAAAGCAGCAUGGGAUUUCCCAGGCUACCCUUCUCCUGGUCUUCCAGACAAUCUCUGAGUCUGGUGAUUUCACUUCUUAGCAUGCAUCAUUGAACCGGAUCAUUGAAUGGUACUAAUGCUAAGAAGUAAUAUUACCAGAAUUAUUGAGUGGCUGGGAGACCAGGAGAAAGCUUAAAAUCAAUUAUUUACAUCAAGUGGAAGGUGUAAAAUUAGCAUAUUUCCAAAAAUGCUGGAGUGUUUCUUUUAAAAUUUGCACCAAAGGUUACGCCAUUUGUAACUUGCUGUGGUGUCACUCCACACAGUAAUCACACUGCUGCUGUUGGCCAUUUAUUUGCUUUUCAUGUGCAAUUAAACUUGUGUUAUUUUUAUUUCAUUAUAUUAAGUGUUUGUCCAAAGUUUUUAGUCCCAUGUUUUUUUGUGUGUGUCUUUCGUUCACUGUAAAUUAAUCCAAAAAUGUAUUUAUCACUACAAAACCAAGCGCAACACGGUUUAGGUUAAGCUCUUAACUGGAAGUGUCAUGGACUGGUAACUCCAUGGCCGUUGCACAGUUGUUGCACAACACAUUCAUUUCAUUUUUUUGUUUUGUUUAUUUGUUGGAUGUAAGAAAGAUGCAGUGAAUGUAGAUAAAGUCAUGUGCUGUAUAUAUGUCUGAUAUAAUUAAAGGUUAACACACGUGCCAGUCUGCUGCAACCAAUAAUUUUUUUUGUCUUUGUAGUACUUGUCCUGCCAUUUCUGUGCCUGAUUGUUUUAACCAAAAGCUGCAGAACUUAAAUAAAUGUUAAAUUAAACACAUUUCAUAAAGUGUCUAA